AUGGAGCUCGACACCCCCUACACGUCCCAAGGAGGUCGCCGACAUGUGUAUCCAAUGCCGUUAAAGAAACGAGAUGACCUCUCGGUCUCGUACAGCGUGGUGCGCAACUGGAAACACGUUUCAGAGAAGAUCGAUAAAUUCGAGGGCAACAACAGUCGACCAACUUGCGCGGACCAGGCCGCCCGCCAGUACAACCCGAGCCCGACGCCCUUUUGCAAUUCAUGGAUGCCCGUCGUCACCAAUAACACGACCUAA